UCCUGAGUAUUUUUUGUUACUGUUUUUUCUGGUGGCUUUCCCCUCCUAUCUUUUAAUUGAGUUUUCCCGGACAGGUUGGAAAGCCAUAGGUUUUUGGAAAUUAAUUGUAUAUCUGGUCUCUUAUACAGCGAUCUUGUUAAUUCUAAUAGUUCAUUGGUUAAUUAUCUUCGAUUUUCUUGAUAACAAGUACCACUUAUUGAGUAGUUAAAUGUGUGAAGUACUUUUUAUAUUCACAGUAAGCUGCACAGCUAUCCAUCCCUCUGCUUUUAGAGUUGAGGGUACUGAAGCUCAAAGGCAAUGAAUAACUUGAGAAAGAUGUCAAAGGUAGUGAGCCAUAAAGCUGGGAUACCUAUGUCCCCAGAGACCUCGAUUUCCACUGAACUUCACUGCCUCCCACUCUGCCUACACAGAACUGGACCGCACUUCCAGCUCUCUACACCUGCUUCUCUCAGGCUUCGUACUGGAUCUAACUAAGAGCAUCCAGCACCUCUUUAUAAUGUUUUUCACCUUUUGUCAAUUGUUUUUAGGUUCCUUUUUCUAAGGGCGGUAAUCCCUUCCUCCUUGUUUUAGAUCGCUAUCCUCUGCUCCAAGGUAGAUGUUAGCAUUGCACUUGUUUUAACAAAAAGAGUCUCUGUCCUGCUGUGUUUCACCCCCACACUGGUGUGCAGGUGGCCAUGGCCAUCGGUCCUUUUCUCUCAAGGAUGUGGUGUCUGUGCAGAGUCCCUAGUCCAGUUUCUCUUGUCUGGCAAACUUUAUUCCCCUGGUACACUGAUCAACUGAGGGGAGGUUCAUUUUCUCUCUACCAGAUUCCUGUGUGAAAAAAUUUUUUUAGAAGAAGAAUUUUUUUAAGAAGGAAAAAAGCAGAGCCAUCUGUGGUUCUUGCACAGUAAGCACACGUGACGGGCCCUGGAUGUAGGGCGUGUUCUGUCUCUGUCUUGACCUGUGCAGUUGCGGGAAUGGAGAAUGGAGAAGAGAACGAUUACCACUUUGAAUACACAGAAUGUGACAGCAGUGGCUCCAGGUGGAGAGUUGCCAUUCCGAAUUCUGCAGUGGACUGCUCUGGCCUGCCUGACCCCGUGAGAGGCAAAGAAUGCACUUUCUCCUGUGCUUCCGGAGAGUAUCUAGAAAUGAAGAACCAGGUAUGCAGUAAGUGUGGUGAAGGUACCUAUUCCUUGGGCAGUGGCAUCAAAUUUGAUGAAUGGGACGAAUUGCCAGCUGGAUUUUCCAACGUUGCAACAUUCAUGGACACUGUGGUCGGCCCUUCUGACAGCAGGCCAGAUGGCUGUAACAACUCUUCUUGGGUCCCUCGUGGAAAUUACAUAGAGUCCAAUCGUGAUGACUGCACAGUAUCUUUGAUCUAUGCUGUGCACCUCAAGAAGUCGGGUUAUGUCUUCUUUGAGUACCAGUAUGUCGACAACAACAUCUUCUUUGAGUUCUUCAUUCAAAAUGAUCAGUGCCAGGAGAUGGACACCACUGCAGACAAGUGGGUAAAACUCACAGACAAUGGAGAAUGGGGCUCUCAUUCUGUGAUGUUGAAAUCAGGCACCAACAUAUUGUACUGGAGAACCACUGGCAUCCUUAUGGGUUCUAAGGCAAUCAAGCCAGUUUUGGUAAAAAAUAUCACAAUUGAAGGGGUGGCAUACACGUCCGAAUGCUUUCCGUGCAAGCCAGGCACAUUCAGCAACAAACCAGGUUCGUUCAACUGCCAAGUCUGUCCCAGAAACACCUACUCUGAGAAAGGAGCCAAAGAAUGCAUAAAGUGUGAGGAGCACUCCCAGUUUUCGGAGGAAGGAUCCAGCGAGUGUUUGGAGCGACCUCCCUGUACCACAAAAGACUAUUUCCAGAUCCAUACUCCGUGUGAUGAAGAAGGAAAGACGCAAAUUAUGUACAAGUGGAUAGAGCCUAAAAUCUGCCGGGAGGAUCUCACAGAUGCUAUUAGGUUGCCCCCUUCUGGAGAGAAGAAGGAUUGUCCACCUUGCAACCCUGGAUUUUAUAACAAUGGAUCAUCAUCUUGCCAUCCCUGCCCUCCUGGAACAUUUUCGGAUGGAACAAAGGAAUGUAGGCCAUGUCCAGCAGGAAUGGAGCCUGCGCUUGGGUUUGAAUAUAAAUGGUGGAAUGUCCUUCCUGGCAACAUGAAAACUUCCUGCUUUAAUGUUGGGAAUUCAAAGUGUGAUGGAAUGAAUGGUUGGGAGGUGGCUGGAGAUCAUAUCCAGAGUGGGGCUGGAGGUUCGGAUAAUGAUUACCUGAUCUUAAACUUGCAUAUCCCAGGAUUUAAACCACCAACGUCUAUGACUGGAGCCAUGGGUUCUGAACUGGGAAGAAUAACAUUUGUCUUUGAGACCCUCUGUUCAGCUGACUGUGUUCUGUAUUUCAUGGUGGGGAAGAAGAUGGCUCUCUGUACCAACAAUAUAACAGACUUCACAGUGAAGGAAAUGGUGGCAGGGUCAGAUGAUUACACGAAUUUGGUAGGAGCAUAUGUAUGCCAGUCAACUAUUAUUCCUUCUGAAAGUAAGGGUUUCCGAGCAGCCUUAUCAUCACAGUCCAUCAUUCUGGCAGAUACCUUUUUAGGAGUGACCGUUGAAACUACAUUGCAAAAUAUUUAUAUAAAAGAAGAAAUGUUCCCAGUUUCCCCUAGCCAAAUACCAGAUGUGCAUUUCUUUUAUAAGUCUUCUACAACUACAACAUCUUGUGUCAAUGGCCGGUCAACUGCUGUGAAAAUGAGGUGCAAUCCUACUAAACCAGGAGCAGGAGUGAUUUCAGUCCCCAGCAAGUGCCCAGCAGGCACCUGUGAUGGAUGUACAUUCUAUUUUCUGUGGGAGAGUGCUGAAGCUUGUCCUCUGUGCACAGAGCAUGACUUCCAUGAGAUUGAGGGAGCCUGUAAGAGAGGAUUUCAGGAAACCUUGUAUGUAUGGAAUGAACCUAAAUGGUGCAUUAAAGGAAUUUCUUUACCUGAGAAAAAGUUGUCAACCUGUGAAACAGUUGACUUUUGGCUGAAAGUGGGAGCAGGUGUGGGAGCUUUCACUGCAGUUUUGCUGGUGGCUCUAACUUGCUACUUCUGGAAAAAGAAUCAGAAACUGGAGUACAAAUAUUCCAAACUAGUGAUGACAGCUAACUCAAAAGAGUGUGAACUCCCAGCUGCAGACAGUUGUGCUAUCAUGGAAGGGGAAGACAAUGAGGAAGAAGUUGUAUAUUCCAACAAACAGUCACUACUGGGAAAACUUAAAUCCUUGGCCACAAAGGAAAAAGAAGACCAUUUUGAAUCUGUUCAACUGAAAUCCUCAAGAUCCCCAAAUAUAUGAAAAGACAGUGCUAUAGCCUUCAGACUAAUGAACAAAGAAACCUGAUCUCUAGUUCUACAGGACCGUAGCUUAGAUCCUGUCUUCGUAACCGGCACAUUGGUGAUCUCACAGAGGAGGGCCAUGCCGCUGAAAAGGGAAGGAGGUUGAAAUGUUUGAUUGCCUUAUCACAUGGUCAAGUAUUUUGCCAAAAAUAGGAAAGCAAAUGGCUUGGGUCUCAACUGAAGAUGAAGCUCAACUCAGGAAGAGAUUUAUCUGUAAAUAGACAUAACUGAAAACCAAGGUUAAGCCCACCAGUGCACUGCUGAUGCAUGCCAUAUAAGUAAUGGGUAACUUUUAUUCUUUAUAACUUCUACAUAAAAAAUGUGCUUUGGAGGGCAGAUGUGAGCGUAUGCAUUGUGGUUCUAUUUAUGUCUUUUCUUUGUUUAUAGUUUGGGGGGAGAUCUGAAAAAUUGUAAGAUAUAAUUUUUUCCCAUUAUUUAUUUUCCUGACAGACCUUAAAACAUCUUUUCUAUUAAAAAAUGGUGAACAAAGAAAGACAAUAAAUUUUUCAUUUUUCCAUACGGUCUUUCUUGAUUUCAGAAGCCUAAGUAAGCAGUAACUUUUUAGGAAGAAUAAACAUGUAAACAUGUGCUUGGGUUAUCUAAACUUAUAUUCGCCUUUGAAAUUUCGUCCUUGUUGGAACUGGUAAGAAGGGCUUGACUGAAAGAGUUGAAGGAAUAUUUAAAAAAAAAAAAAAAGGCAAAGAGAAGCCUGACUUUCCAUUUAAAACAAACAAGCUGAUGGCAUUGUGGAAAUCAAAUGGCUUAAGACCAUUUAUGUAAUGCUUGAAGUAUAAUUUCAAAUGAGUGAGAAAGCUUGUUUAUCAAAUCACGUGGAAAAUCAUGAAGAAGAAAACGGGAUGGCUUGUGUAUAAGUACACAUAACCGUGCGAAGGUAUUGAGAUAAUUUCAUGGUUCGCAGAAAAUGGCAGUGGGACACUGUCCCUAUAUCAAGCAUCAAAGUUAUAUGGUUAUUUUUCUGCUAAGACAUUGAGGGUUAUGACUUCCAUAGAAGUUUUUCUUUUUCCGUAAAUAAGGCAGGAAUUCAAUUUUGGGAAAUUGCAUAUAAUUGUAUUCAUAAUAAGAAUGUGGUUGUACCAUAAGUAGUUAGGAAAUACGUGGUGUUCUUAUUCAAAAGUGAUUCAGGUAAUUGUGAACUUCCUCUGACGGAUGGGUUACUAGAAUCAGCGCGACCUGAAUAAUUAUCUGUUGAAAGAAGUUUGAAUGGAGUUGAAUCUAACUAAUUUUGUGUAAACCUUUAUUGUUUCAGAACUGGGAAAGAGGGAAGUUUACUGGCCAUUGAUGAUCUAAGGUGCUCUGGUUUGUUUUCAAUAAACAGUAAUCUUUGUAGAUCUUAAUCUAGGUUUUUUUUUUAAAAAAGACUGGUGAUUGCCUGAGAGGCAGGCCAUAGGGGCAGGGUUUGUUGAAAGUUUUGCCCCAAGUCUUUCAAUGAAGUAUGACUUGUAACUUUGAUUCAGCAGGUAAUGUCUUUAUUUUUGUGGAAAGUGGGAAAAAAAUAAAUAAUUGCAGUUAUUCCUCUGGUGGGUAAAACAUUGAACCAUUCUGUUGUUGAAUGAAUGUUCAUUGUGUUCAUCUUUGCUGUGGGAUUCUUGAGUAUAGGUGAGGUUGCCAUGAUUUUAUUUUUUGUUGUGAAAUUCAGGGAGGGCGUCACUUAGCAUCAAGCUUUUUCACGUUCAAUUUCUUAAAUCUUGUUUUUUAAUAAGAAAUUAUUACAAGAAAUUAUUUUAACAUUGCUCACAUUUAUCCUGGUAACUGUGCUGAUGAGCCUUCCCCCCAUCUUGAUUAAAAUUUAAACAGAAGAACGACAGUACACUGGAGUUGCACCUUUUCAGAGGAGCCCUGGCAAAGGUGUCCAGGCUGGACCGAGUCAGGAGGUUCCGCAUAGUCACCUGUCACCUCUCUUCAUCUUUGGCUGUGCUCCACGUGUAUGUACCAAGCCAUAGAGAUAAUUGGGAUUUGCUCCCAGGUAGCUUCUUUUUCUCCUGUCACUGGACUAAAAUCUCUGACAUGUCAAAAAAUGCCUUAAAUUUUAAUGAAGUCUCUGAAAAUGUAGUUGGUAUUGAAGAAUUUAUUUUAUUUCUAAUUUUAGAUAUAAAAUAGAUUUUGUCAGCUCAGUCUCAUCUUUGGAAAGGAGCUGCCUUUCCCCUUUGGGUCCCAGUGAUUUGUCAUUUUAUUCCAAGCACUGAAGAAGUAUGACAGAAAGAAUAUCAUGAGGAAAAUAUUCAGACCAAUCUUGGCUAUAAAAUUCAAUGUAAUUUUAUGUCUCGCCUUUGCAGAGCUUACUGGAAAGUUGAAAGGCAUAAACAAAUUAAUCAUGUUUCUGUGACUUUUAAUAGACAUUUGUUGUUUCUUUCCCCUCAUAAACGGUAGAAGAAAAAGUUAUAGGUUAUUUUUCUAAAAGGCACAGGUUUUGAAGCCUUAAAUACUACAUUAAGUCCAUUGUUGCCUAUAAUGUCUCCUAGUGCUCUGUCAAAAUAUAUUUAAAUUGGGUUUCCACUGGAUGAGACCAUGUCUUCUAUGGAUAAAUUACAUCCUGCCAUUUAACAACGUUGAGCAAUUUGAAAUGUGUCCACUUGAUUUAAAAGACUGAAUUUUAUUCUUGUUGACUUUUCCCCUUUUUGGUUACUAGUAAAUCAAGUCCUUACCAGGAUUAAAAAUGUUUCAUAGUAUUUUUGUGUAGAGUUUUGUGAUUAUUUUCUUCCCAAGGAGAGAAGAUGGUUUAAAUGGUUAUAUGGAAGAAUUGCUUGGGUCCAGUCAUUUAUGAACCGGAGUCUCCAGGUUCCCAGGUGAUGGGUCAUGAUUGACUGUCAUUCUUCGAGACCAAUUGGGUCAACUGUCAUUUGACAUCUAUCAGUAGAACUAUUUUCUGUGGCUCAUGGUCAUUCCUAAUGGAAGGCUAAUGUGCAGAUCAUUUCUCUCUUCCUCAUGAAAGUAAAUUUCCUGGAAGUUGGGGUGGGAAAGAUGACUUCACUGGCAAGUUUAAAGUCAGUGUAUUGCUCACAUUUAUCUUUUUUACACAGGAGAUAUGUAGAGUAGGUCUUCCUCUUGAGACGAAUUAAAAUAUCCUCAUAUCUCUUUUAUCAUAACUGUGUAUAUUAUCUCAGAUUUACAGGACCAACUCCUAAAUUCAGGUUGCCCUAAAGAAAAGGUCCCAAGGUGAGUAAACUUAAACAACAACAACAACAACAAUAACAAAAACCUCACACCUGAUGCAUUCAUUGGAUGCUAAAAUGGAUUUCACCCUCACAUUGACUGGCCAGAGAUAGCACUCUUGCUGGAUUUUAUUUCUUUUAGCUUAACAUUUUCAGAUUGAGUUCAUUUUAGGAUAAAUGAAGGAUAAAUGAAGGAAGUAAAACUUGAAGAUAGGGACAAAUAAUUGAAAACAUGAUCACAGUGGAUAUUGAUGUUACCAUCACAGCUGAUAGUACUCUUGCAGUUGUCUAGAUCAGAGACCAGCAAACUUUUGCUGUAAAGAAUCAGGUAGUAAAUAUUUUCAGCCUUGCAGGACAUGUAGUCUCUGUCGUAACUCUGUAGCAUGAAAGCAGCCACAGACAAUAUGUAAACACAUGGGCGUGGCUGCAUGCCAAUAAAACUUUAUUUAUAUACACGGAAAUUUGAGUGUCAUUUAAUUUCACUUGUCAUGACAUACUCUUCUUUGAUUCUUUUCUCAACCAUGUAAAAAUGCAGAAACAUUCUUGGCUCACAGGCCUCACAAAAAACAGGUGCUGGACUAGAUUUAGCUUGGGAGCUGUGGUUUGCUGACCACUAGUUUUAAUCGCUGCCACCCACAAGCAAAACUAUUCAGAAGAAUCUGCAUAUAGAUUCUUGGCCCAUUAGGUGCUUACCACCUCAAAAGUUUCUCAGGUCUCUAGAGAUGUUCAGGAAGGAAAUAACUCAUCACCCUCCCCUGAUGAUUUCAUCACCUACACAUAGGCAAAGCCAGAUACUCUUCUAUGUUCCUCUUGUAGUUUGGGACUCAAUUCUGGAUAUUGAUUAGCAAAUGAUAAAACUAAAGUAUGUGAAUAGGUUCGAAUUCAACCAGCAAGAUUGAUUUAAACACCUUUUUUGUUGGGAUUUGUGUAAUGCUUCUUGCUAAGGUAAUAUUCAUUCUUAUAUACAGAUCCAUUUAAAGUAACCCUAGUAUCCCCAAGUAGGGGCUGUUGAUGUAUAAGAGUAGUUUCAGCAGGGAUUCUUGAGUCCCAGCCCUGGAGAGGGUCACCUGAUCGAUCCAUUUGCCUGUGUCCAGGCAGCACACACUUCCAUCCACACACAUUUACCAAAUCCUAUUUUGAGAUCUACUGGGCUACAAAAGACAGUUAGGAUUCCUUUAAUGUUUGGUGGCUUGAGAAAUGGACCUCCAAUUUCCUUGAAUAAAAUGUCCUAGUUAGGCUUUUAAUUUGUUGAAAUUUUCCUUGUCUUAUUAAUGAGACUUAGAAGAAGAGCUCUGUGUAACAUAGCUUGUGGGUAUUGGUAGAUUUGGCGUAGAGCAGGGCAUUAUUUCCUUUAUCUCAGAUGGCUGCUUUCAGAUUACCACUGGUUGGGUUAAAUAAAAGGGUUAAACCAGUGGGAGUUCUGUAAACUUCAACUUUGUGUCACAAGGCAGGAGUGAUCAUUGCCACCUUCGCAAGUUUGGGCCUUUGUUGUUAGAGCUAUGGCGGUUAGAACCCACACUGAUGUUCCAUCUUCCUGGCACCUCACUUUUCUUGGCUUCUCCAGGCUUGCACUGAAGAGCUCUGGGGCCCAAAGCUAUCAAGAUGGCUAGGUGAGGAGAGCAGGGGCUAGCCUAGGGAAAGUGGAGGUGAAGAUUGUGAAGGCACACUGACUGAAUUACCUCCUUUCUCAGCUUUUCUCUUAAUCUGUCCCCUGUGUGAUCUGCCAACCAGCUUGCCCCACAGCUUGACAAUGGGACUUUUUUAUAUUACCAUGAUGAAUCUGAGUGGGCAAGAGAAUCUAUUAAUAUUUAAACCAGAGAGGACCCAGAGCAUUUCAGAAACUGUAAACACUCAGAAUACUAACAAUCAUCACCCACAGCGUUAGGUUCUGCUAUGUUAAUGGGUAGGGUAGUGCUGCUUCAGUUCCUAAAAUUCAGGAAGUUUUUGCAAGGAUGGAUCGGCUCAAUCAGUUUUAUAGUCUGGAAGGAUGAAAUGUUCUUACCAGAGUUAAAAAAGAAAAAAUCAAAACCUAUUUGUUUGACAUGGCCUAAAAAUGAUUUUAUAGUUGCUGUUUUCCAUACAUCCUCGAAUGUUUUUCAAAAAAUUAUUUCUAGGGAUCACAUGUUAGGUGAUGCUUUUUCCAGUGGGAACAAGGCUGAGGGCAAGGAAGGAGAAAAUGACAAGAACUGUCAGUCAUUGCGUUUCUGGUGUGCAGGAGGAGUGUGAAAGAUACAGUGGCCUGUAGAUCAGAACCCAGCUCUCAAAUACAACAUUCUCAAGAUUCACCCACGGCCUCAUUGCCUGGUUUAAACAGAUCCAUGGUCAAUUUGAUUGUUUGAGGCAUCAGCUGUGUCUCUGAACCACCCAUCUGAUACGGCCUUCCUCCGACUGUCGCAUUCCAUCAAUGGAUUGUGUUUAUCCUCCCUCCCAUUAGCUUUGCCUCAGCCUUUAUCUUGAACAGAUGCUCGUUUGGGGUGCACUUACCUAGCACUCCUGCCACUGUCUGCCACAGCAGGAUGCUCUUCCGCUAUCUGCCUUCUGCCUUGAAUCUACUACGCGGUCCUUUCCACCCACUCCCCCAAAUCCAUGUUCUUCUUUGAAUAUGAGUUCGGGGGCUGGUUUGCACUGUUGUGUAUCUGGUGACUUCUGGUUGGAUAGGUUAGGUUGCUGAUUCAAAUGCAUUCAGAAGGAAGGAGAGCAUUUCAAACAUCUGACUCCUCACUGUAUGUCCUUCAAGCCCAGUCCUGUUGGCUGUGUGCACCUGCUUACAAUCUCUAGAUAUUUUAAAAAUAGCAUCGGUACGUCCCAAUAAACCAGCCCCUGGUUAUUGAGCCUGUGGGCCCUUCCUAUCCUCGAGUCUCCUCCUCCUUCCACUCACUGUUUUCCUCAGUCACCUUUCUUUCAUUAGAAUCAUUUCCUAUCUUUAUGCUCCUUAAAGGCAGGAACUACAUCGCAUCAUCUCUCUGUCAUGGGCUGAAGAGUGCCCCCCUCCAAAGAACGUCUACAUCCUAACCCCUGGAACCUGGGAAUGUUACUUUAUUUGGAAAAAAGGGCCUUUGCAGAUGUGACUAAUUUAAGGCUCUUGGGAUGAAAUGAUCCUGUACUAUGCAGGUGGGCCCUAAAUCCAAUAACAAGUAUUGUUAUCAAAAACACACAGAAGGGAAGCUAGACACGCAGCAGUUGAUGUGAAGAUGGAGCCAGAGACUGGAGUGAUGGGGCCACAAGCCAAGGAAGCUGACAACCCCCAGAAGCUACAAGAGGCAUGGGACGGAUUCUCCCCUAGAACUUCUGGUGGGGGAUGGCGCUGCCAACACUCUGAUUUUGGACUUCUGGUCUCCAAAACUGUAAGAGAAUAACUUUUCUGUUGCUGUAAGGGAUCCUGCUUGUGGUAAGUUGUUACAUCAGCCACAGGGAAUGAAUAUGUUCUCUAGUUGUGGUACCUGGCACAGGACCUGGCAGGAUGAUGAGUUCUUAGUGAAUUUUCCUACACCGAUAAAAGAUUUGUGACUGAAGGGUUUACAAAGGGAAGUCGGGAAGUGUGGGUACAAAUAAGCCAGGUUUACUUAUCCUCACUUUGCCUGUUCACUCCUGUAUUGAGCUUAGUAAAAUAUUUAGGUUUAAUGACAAGCCUGUGUGCCUGAAUAUUGUUACUGGAACUUUGGAAAUGCACUGUAACAUAGCAUAUCCUGCAUUUUAUUGCCCCAUUUAGCUCUCAGUGGUGAGAAUGAUUUUCUAAUGGAUUGAAGGGAUGCUUUCCCAGCCUCCUUCCUAGUAACUUCCUGGUUAGUUUAGAAUAGUUAUAUUAGAAAAAGUUUUCCAUCUUUAUGCUUUUCAAAAUGAGAGCUGUCCCGCUUUCCCCGGCAGGCCAGAGUGUCUACAUUCCAAGAACCAUCUCCUUACUGCAUCAGAGGCCCAUUUGGGCAAAUUCUGGGCUGCCAUAUAGAUGUGCUUAAAGAAACUCAUAUGUGUACUGUCAUCUGGCCACCGACGCAGCCGGAUAGUCGUGGUAUCGUUAGUCAAAUUCUGAUCUUUGUGAUUUGUGAAGUCCAGAUUUGCUCGGAACUCUGUAGCAGGUAACAGCUUGUGUUCAGAGAGUAUGUAGGUAUAAAGGGAAGCACAGUAGAC